AUGCCUACAGCACAAAAGAAAAAAUCCAAAUAUAUUAAUGUGUUUAGUAAUGCAGGCAAAGAACGUAUGACCGUUCGAUUGCCAGGUCGUAGUACAUGUGAAUGUCAAGCAUCAAAACAUAAACUUAUUAGUAAUUGUCUUAAAUGUGGACGAAUUGUAUGUGAACAAGAAGGAUCUGGUCCAUGUUUUUUCUGUGGUAAUUUAGUUUGUACCCGUGAUGAAAGACAAUUGAUUAUAUCAGGUACACGAGAAGGCAAACAACUUGAACAACAAUUAUUAUCAAAACAAUGUCGUGAACAUGAAUCACAGAAUAUAUCAAAUAGAACUGAUGAAUCAUCACAAUUUUCAUUAAAUGAUAUUGCAGAAGCUGUAGCAUUUAAAAAUAAACUUAUUGAAUUUGAUCGAACAAGUGCACAAAGAACACAAGUUAUUGAUGAUGCUGCUGAUUAUUUUGAUAGUGAUAAUAAAUGGCUUAGUAAACAACAACGAAUUAAACUUGAAAAACUUCAAGCACAAAUGAACGAAAAAAAAAACCCAAAAAAUCAAAAGAUUAGUAUUGAUUUUGCUGGAAGACGAGUUUAUAAUGAAACUGAACAACCCGGUGAUCGAUUUUAUAAUGAAGCACGAGCUGUUCAUGAUAAUGAUCAAUAUGAAUUAGAAAGUGAUCGUAUUCAACAAGAAUCAAUACCUAAUUGGGAUGAUGAUGAUAAUGAUCUAUUAAAUCCUAAUUUACCUGAAACUAUGUUAGCUCCUCAAUGGGUGGAACAGAAAACUAAUACGCAAUCAACAUUAACAACCAAUUUAUCACAAAUGACUAUUGAAGAUAAUGAUCGUGAACGUUUACGUAUUCAAGAUAAAGAAUUAAUGCAAAUGACCGAUGAUGGAAUGUGUCUUACGAUGCAUCAACCAUGGGCUUCAUUAUUGGUUCGCGGAAUUAAAAUGCAUGAAGGUCGAUCUUGGUAUACUUCACAUCGUGGACGUUUAUGGAUACAUGCAGCAGCAAAAGAACCUGAUCAAGAAACUAUUUUACAUAUGGAAGAAUUUUACAAAGCACGAAAUAAUGAUAAUGAAAUUGAUUUUCCAACGGAAUAUCCAACAUCAGUUUUACUUGGAUGUGUUGAUAUUAUUGAUUGUUUAGAUCGUAAUACAUAUCUUGAACAAUAUCCUGAUGGUGAAUCUGAUAGUGAAUUUGUUUUCAUAUGUGAAAAUCCACAAGAACUUUUUUUUAAAUUACCAAUGCCAGGACAACAUAAAAUUUAUAAAAUGGAAAAACAUGCACAUCAAGCAGCCAAGAAAAUUCUUUUACGAAGAAUACAAUAA